AUGACAUAUUUCCUUGCUUUUCUUUGUCAGCUGGGAUGUUUUCUACAUGCCUUGGCUGAAUACACUGUCCCAGCCUCUGAGUUUCAGCUGGAAGGAGAUUAUAUGAUAGGUGGACUUUUUGAUAUUCAUCAUGUCAAUUCCCCUGUUUAUCAUGACAGACCAGAAGCCAUCGAGUGCUCCAGUCAAAUCUUCAUUCCAUCAAGUUAUCGAAGGUUUCAGUUAAUGAGAUUCUCUGUCGAGGAAAUCAAUAACUCUACCAAACUAUUGCCAAAUGUGUCUCUCGGCUAUGAAAUAUUUGAUCACUGCUCAAAUACAGAUAUUUUUCCAGGAAUUUUGAAACUCAUCUCAACUGAUGGCUUGAUCCAACUUUGGGAUGAACCACACAAGAAUUUGUCCAAAAUGAUAGCAGUGGUCGGCUCUUUUUCAAGCACUGACUCACUGACUGUAGCCCCACUGUUCAUGAUGGAUCUCAUUCCUAUGGUCAGUUAUGGAUCUGCUGCCUCUGCCUUUACAGAGAAAGUGAGAUUUCCUUCUUUCCUACGAACAGUCCAUUCCAAUAAAGACAUCAUAGAAGUGAUUGUUCAGAUCAUACUGCACUUUAACUGGCGCUGGGUCGCUUUCCUUAACAGUGAUAAUGAUUUUGGCAAAGAUGGCCUGGAUCUGUUCAUAAAGAGGAUUCAGGAUACUGAGAUCUGCCUUGCGUACUCGAAAGACGUCAACAUCAACACAGAUUGUUUCCAGAUGUUCAAACAGAUCGAGACCCAGAACAUACAUGUCAUUAUUGUUUUCACUCCAAAAAUGACUGCUGAAGCUGUUAUCGACUCGGCAAUACAACUAAAUGUCUCAGACAAGGUGUGGAUAGCAGGGGACACCUGGUCCUUAAACAAGAGGCUCCCCAAGGAGAAAGGAAUCAAAAACAUUGGAACUGUAAUUGGGGUGUCUCAACCAGGAAUGACAAUACCUGGUUUCACUGAUUUUAUCUAUUCUGCCAAAAGCCAGAGGCAUUGUGAAAAUGCAGAACAACAGACGUUUUGUAACCAGGUUUGCAAUUGCAGUAACCUGAGUGCAGAAGACAUCCUUGCUAUGGACCCAUCUUUCUCUUUUCCAGUUUAUUCUGCUGUGUACGCUAUAGCUCAUGCCUUACACAAUGCCUUGCAAUGUGGAGUGGAUAAAUGUAAUGACAACAUUACCGUGUACCCACACAUGGUUCUAGCAGAGCUGAAGAAGUCCAAAUUCACACUGUUAAACCAGAGUAUCCAGUUUGAUGAGAACGGUGACCCCAAGUUUGGAUCUUAUUCUAUAGUUUUUUGGAACCAUAAUGGUGAUGCAGAGGAGAUUGGCUUCUAUGACUCUCACCAGUCAGCAAAUGUUUUCAUUAACAUCACCAAAAUUCAGUGGUACACACAGGAAGAAGUGCCUACUUCACUGUGCUCCCCAGAAUGUCCUGUAGGACAUGCAAAAAACCAAAAAGGAAUCCAUAAAUGCUGCUUCAACUGUGAAAUCUGUCCAAAUGGAACUUAUGUCAACAGCACAGAGGAUCCCUACAAGUGCAUCAACUGUAAGGAAACAGAGUGGUCUGCAGUAGGAAGUACAUCAUGUAAACUACGGGUGGUGGAGUACAUCCCAUUCACAGACAGCGGAGCUAUACUGAUCAUGGUUGGGGCCUGGGCUUUGGUGGGACUCACACUAACCACGUCUGUUCUCUUUGCCAUCAACUACAACACACCUGUUGUCAGAUCUGCUGGGGGACCAAUGUGCUUCCUAAUUUUAGGCUGCCUCAGUCUGAGUAGUCUGAGUGUGUUCUUUUACUUUGACAAGCCAACAGUUUCCUUUUGUAUCUUAAGGUUCUUGCCAUUUGUUUUGUUCUACACUGUGUGUCUCACAUGUUUUGUUGUUCGCUCUUUUCAAAUUGUUUGCAUUUUCAAAAUAGCUGCCAAGUUCCCCGGGCUCCACAGUUGGUGGCUGAAAUAUCAUGGCCAGUGGCUGGUCAUCACUGUUGCAUUUGUUACUCAGGCACUUUUACUUGUUAUUGGUUAUUCUUAUGACCCACCCAAGCUCUACAAUGAAACAGUUUGGUACCCAGACAAAAUCAUACUUGGUUGUGACAUUAAUCUUAAAGCAACCUCUACUUCUGUGGUUUUCCUUGUGUCUUUGUGUACCCUUUGCUUCAUUUUCUCCUACAUGGGAAAAGACCUCCCAAAAAAUUACAAUGAGGCCAAAACAAUCACCUUCUGUCUGCUCCUGCUGAUCCUCACCUGGAUCAUGUUUGCCACUGUAUAUGCACUUUACCAUGGAAAGCACAUCCAAACUCUUAACGCCCUGUCAAUACUCUGCAGUCUCUACUUCUUUCUGUUGUGGUAUUUCCUCCCAAAAUGUUACAUCAUCAUUUUUCAACCCCACAAAAACACACAGCAGUACUUCCAAGGUCUCAUUCAGAAUUAUACCAAAACAAUUAGCCAGUAGCUGCCUUCAGUUGUUGUAUUUCUGACGAUUGAAAAGACAAUGUGG